GGCGGCUCGAGGGCAUCUCAGUCGCAGCUCGACGUUCGCCGUGUAACGAUCGAGCGACUUUUUAGCGAGCAUUUCGCACACGCAAACACGUUAAACACGUAUUCGUACACACCCGCACCCACACCGACACCGACACACACACACACAAGUAUACCAUUCGACAUAGGGGGUGUACAAGCAGUUGUGUUCACGCCUGGAAAAAGAGACACGGAAAAAUUUUUUAAGGAAAAUUAACGAACAAAGUAAACGCUAGUUUCCUCCCGUACGAUUACCGCUGCCGAACGAAACGGAACGCUAGUCGCGGAUAUCGGUGUAUUUAACGAUCGAAAGCCAAGUAUAAAGAGUAACCCGAAAAGAAACGGAUAUUAAAAAAAAAAAGGGGACAAUUUUAGACUGACGUGUACGGUAAACGAGGAGUAAGAGAUACGAGAAAUCUUAUCGAGUGGAACUCUGUAGAUAUAUCGAAUUAUUUUUUGGUAACAAUAGAAUUAUGUAUAUAUAUAUAUUUAUGUAUGCGAUUCACGAGGGAGACGUGUGAGACGAGCGAAGAUUCGUUCGUUUUUGCAACAUCUCUGGAGAUUCGCGACUCGCGCGUACGUGUCUGUCUAACGAUACGAAGUUUGGAAUAAAAGUCGGUCGUUUGAUUAUUUGCUGAAACUGUGCGUGGUUUGCCUUGAAUGAUCGCAAGGUCUCACCGCUAAAGCAAUCGGCUGUCGUCUCUGGGUCAAGGAGCUCAUGAUUCCGGAAUAACUGCGACGAUCGUUUCGAAUGAAAUUCAUUGAAGUAUUGAGGAUAAAUCGUUGGGGUGCGAUUCUAAUUUGUGAUACCUUCGACGAUAAUGGUAGAAAAUCUCGAGUGCCAGCCCUGGUGGAAUAACAAGUGGAGUGUGUUUCUUUGGUUUUCACGUUGUUCGUUGGUUCUCGUCAAAGUUGUUGCGGUAUUUCCCUAGUUUUGUUCGGUUCUCUGUUUCAUUUUGUUUUAUUAUUUCAUUCGCCGAAUGAAAAUAUUGCGAGUCAAUGACAAGUGAAGUGAAGGAAAUGCCGUCGCCGAUAUCAUCCUCUGUACGAGCACAGCUGGAUUAACGACGCGGGUUCAGUGAAAUCGAUCGACGUUGUACCCUUGGAUUAUUUGGAUAUACCGAAUCGCCGCGUCGCUCGAGAGAAUCGACAAUUCUCUCCCCCACGUUUGAUGGUCCCAUUCGUCGGAGCUGCACCGGACGGAACUGACCUUUCGAUAAAUUCGAAUAGCGCGCGAGGGCAGGAACGCCCCGAGCCAUUAGCUGUCGUUACUUCUUCAGUCCUGGAUCCUUCGCACACCGCUGUUCACUCGUCGGCGACACCGUAUCCGGCGGAAGUACGAACGGGUAGAAGUUAUGCACUGAGCGUCGUCGCGAGCGUCGACGACGAGGAGGAGGAGGGGGAGGAGGGGGACUCGGGGGACUCGGAAGAGGAAGCGGAAAGAGAGGAAGAAAAGGGAGGCGACAGCCCCGGCGAAGAAGACGAGCCGUUGUAAUGGGCAUGUAACGGGUCGCUGGAAGUCCGGUGUCAAACGAUUGACGGCCGGCCCAUCGUCGCCGAUGCGCGUUAUCGAACGGUAGUUCGGGGCAACGACUGAAUUGUCCACGAGUCACCGAGACCUCCUGAUAAAAUCGCGGACCCGAGUCCGCGACCCGCCACAGUUACGUCGCUCGCAGCGAGCCAGGAAUCGCCGCGGCAACGACGACGAAUCCGCUAGAAAAAUGGCCGCCGCCUGCUACGAGAAGGAAGUCGUCCUGGGCGUCCCCCACGGGCACGGCCACCACGGGGUCGCCCCCACACCGGUACCGGGUCAGACGGUGCUACCCCCGUCUUCGACCAGCCUCUCGAUAUCCUCCGGGGUCCCAGCCGGCUACAAGGACUACAAGGACCAGGUGACCCCGUACAAGGACUACACCCAACCACUGCACGUGGACUGCAGCGUGGAAUACGAGUUGCCCAGUCAGGCGAAACCUCCGCCGGGCGGCGGAGAACCCUUGCUCAUGAUCCACCCCUGCUACUACCGCAGAGCGGAACGGGAGCGACGCAGCCCCUUCGUUAACAAUUUACCCCCGCCCGCCGCCCCCUCGAUAUCAACGAGCUCCUCGAGCAGGAGCAGGAGCAGGAGAAGCACCUCGUCGACGUCGGCGUCCGCCGCGACGUCCCUCGGUCAACAACAGGCUUCGAUCUCCCAGCAACAGCUGGUGGCCACGAUAUCCCAGCAGCAGCAGCAGCAGCAGCAGCAACAGCAGCAACAGCAGCAACAGCAGCAGCAGCAACAACAACAGCAGCAGCAGCAAUCGGUGGCCCCGGUGCCCCCGGCGCCCCCCCUCGUCCCAACGGCGACGAGCUUAAUCUCAGCUGACGAGAAGGCGGUAAUAUCAGAACUCCUCGCGGCACCGGGCGGUGCCGUAUCGCUUCUGGAAGUGAAAGCUCGAGAUCGCCACCACCAUCACCACCACCAUCAUCAUCAUCACCACCAACAACAACAACAGCAACAGCAACAGCAACAGCAACAACACUCGUCCUCCGUAUCGGGAGUUUUGGGUCAUCACCGUCAGCCUGCGGUCGGAAUAGCUGCGGUAUCCUGCAGGGGUUGUCGUCCUCAGCCACACCCUUACGCUCGACUGCAGCCGUGGGCAGUAUCGGCGCCAACCCCUCAUCAGGCACCAGCUGCCCCGACGCGAACGAGGGCGCGGGAACCCGCCGGUCCUCCCGAGCAUGCAAACGGAGAGAACGGGGCCACCGCGUCAAGAAGAUGGAGCAACGGGGGUUCGACGUCGGAAAGCGGCGGCGGCGGCGGCGGCAAACGUCGGCAGUCUUCUGCGAGUUCACAGAACGUUAAUCACGAAAAUCAUCAGCAUCAAAUCCAGGGGACGGUAAUCGAUUCGUCUUCGACGUUAUCGUUGACGUUGUCAUCGUCGCUUUUAGACCCCUCCCAUAGUUCGGCGGUUCCUCGUUCCCUUCAAUCGACGACGACGACAACCUCGUUCGCCGCACCAAAUGCGUCAUCGUCGUCGCAUAACGUUAAUAACAAUAACGAUAGUAAUAACAUAAAUAACAAUAGCAAUAACAACGACAACAAUAAAAGUAGUAAUAACCGUAACGACGACGACGAUUAUAACAACAACAACAACAACAACAAUAAUAAUAACAGUUCGUCGCAAUCCGGUAACCAGCAGAGCAUAAUUCAGUCGAAUCUACACCCAGUUGGUAACAGUACCUAUUCGACGCCAUACGAUACCACUACCAGGUGUUCCAUUCAACCGAACAAUUCCGCAACACUGAGUGGGCAAAAAUUGAAACAUCAGCAACGAUACCAAAUUCAGGGAUACACCUCACAGAAAUCAUCAUCGUCAUCGUCAUCCUCGUCCUUAUCCUCGUCAUUCGCAUCGUCGUUAUCCUCCAGUUUGCAUCGAACAUCGAACCCCCGUCACCACCAUCAUCAAACUAAUCACAAUAAUCCACCACCUCCGCCGGCACCACCCGCGGCCACUUCUUACCAGCAUCAAAAUUCUCGAAACUUGAGUCAAAUAUCCCAUUCGCUGUCGCAACUGUCGGCCACCCUCACCCAACAACAACAACAACAACAACAACAGCAGCAGCAGCAGCAACAUUACCAAAGUAUAUCUUCGUCGGUAUCGAAUGCUGAAAAUUGGUUGUUAGGAAAUUAUUUAGGGGCUCUUACCGGCACGAGCAGCGGGGGUAUAAAUUGUACAGAAUGGUGUCACGGUGGUAAGGGUUGCGGUUGCGUCUCUUGCGUCUCGCGAAGAACGAGUUAUACGCAAAACCAUAGCCAUAGCCAUAGCCAUAGCCAUAGCCAUAGCCAAAGCCAAAGCCAUAGCCAAAGUCUAAACCAAAGCCAGAGUCAGAGUCAGAUCCAGAGCCAGCAACCGGGCAGUUGCUGGUACUACCCGCAGCAUGAAACAACCAUGACCUCAUCCAGUCAACUACACAGGCUUUUCCAAAACGUGUAGCACACGGUGUGCUGAAUCUGCACGUACGCCGCUAUCGUUGUCCUCACUGUCGCUGUAAUUACUAUUCGUGUUACUAUUAUUUAUAUCGUUAUUGUUGUAUCGUUAUCAUAGUUGUUUGUAACAUUAUCGUGAUUAUUAUCACUAUCAUCGUCAUCGCGAUCGUGCUUGUAUCGUACGAACGUGUACCGCACCUAUUUUCAAGGGGGUACGUACGUACGUACAAUACGCCUUCGAUUCGGAUUAAUAUUCGAAGAAAGGAGAACGAUGUAUAUAAACGAAAUAGCAUAACACUAUAUCAUAUCUCUGUAUCUAUUGAACGUAGCGAAAGUGAAAGAGGGGGGAAGAGGGAGGAGGGGGAGGAGGGGGAGGGGAAAAAAAAACAAACCGACAGAUGCGAUGAUAAUUAUAAGAGGUUAUUGCACACGCUCUUGUCUCUGCAUAUCUCGUCUUCUCUCUAUUCAGUUUCAACUGAUGUACAACGGAAUAAAUGGGGCCGGAGGGUUUCGAAAGAUCGGUGAAGAGAGAUUGGGGGUAGCCGGCUUCGAGCGAAGCGAAAAAGAAAAAGGAAUAAAACGAAAGGAAAAGACGAGAGCAAAGCCUUAGCGAGAAUGAAUGAGGGGGGAGGGGGGGGGGGGGGAUGCUAAUGAAAGGUUUUAAAAGACGAAGGACAAGGAUUGCUCGAGGCUGCCUAAAGCAUCGUCAGAAAAGAGCCGUCAUCCCGGGCAUAGAGAUUUUAAAAUUAAACGUUCGCGUGACUCUCGACUGAGUUCGAUUCGCAAACGUGCAGCAUUUAUCGAGGGAAUUAAAAAUAUAAACCUAAUUCCUCGUUUCCAAUUAUUCGUUUAUUCGUAUCGUUGACGAAACACAGUCGAUAUGGUAUACAUACACCGUGUGUGCGGAACAACGGGACAAAUUAAUGAUUAUAUAAAAACUAUUAAGAAAUAAAAAAAAGAAAAAAAAAAACAAAACUAUCCUGUAGACUGUACCGUAUACAUUUUAACGAGACUCUAAGUAGUAAACCUGGAAUAAAAUAAUUUAAAAAUACUAGAUUUAAAAAUGUUUAACAAGAAAAUGUUGAGAAAAGAAAGAGAAAAAAAAAUAAAUAAAUAUUAGUUAGGCUUACAAA